AAAGAGCAAGCAUGAUAACGACGUCGUAUCAUGUGGUGCGCCGCUUUCUAAUUGUGUGUGCUGUAGACAAGUCCCUAUAUAUGAUUUUUCCUCUUUGGAUUUUGUUAUAAAAUCAGAAAAGCUCAAAACUCAAUCACAAGUAGAGGAUCAACAAUGGCGUUUCUUCCACGUUAUCUUUUACUUUCUCUUCUUCUUCUCAAUUCCCUUCUCUUCUCCUUUGUCAAAUCUGACGAUGAGGAAGACAACCUUUUUAGAAGUAUUAACAGCUACAGGACAACCCUAAAUUUGACAACUCUGCGCGAGAAUGACAAAGCAAAAUGCCUUGCUGAUGAAAUUGCUGACCAAUUUAAAGAUCAACCCUGUACAAACACAACAGGCGCCAAUACUGUACCUGGCACUGAACCUCAGUUCUCUGACUAUCCUAAUCUAUUAUCCAAGUGCAAAUUGAAUGUCACAACCACCAGAGAUGCAGCGAUAAUGCCUGCUUGUGUUCCCAACCUUGUCCCAGACCUCGUUCUUUCCAACUAUACAAUGUCCCAGUAUGCUACUUCUCUGAAUGAUACCAAGUUUACUGGUGUUGGAAUUGGGUCUGACGACAACUGGAUAGUCGUAAUUUUGACCACAAACAACCUGGAGGGAAGCUUUACACCGGAUAAUAGUUCAGCAAACGUACUUUUUCAGCUUGGUCUAAUCUCUCAGGCAGUCUUUCUCCUUAUGGCAUUUCUCCUCUUACUGUGAAAAUGUUAAACCUUCACACUUUUUUUUAUAUAUUUUUCACAUCUUGAGUGUAGUUUCUGUUACCAGUACUUGAUUUUGUUGUUAAUUUUGUAAUAUUCUAAUUGAAAGAGGGAGAAUAUCAGCUACUAUCCCUACAGAAAAUGUACCUUAAAAGACUACAAAACCUGUAUUACAAACACAUACCAUUGUCUCUUUUAUUUUCUGUAUUGCACUACUCUGAAAUAUUUUGCA